CCUCACAUAUCAAUGAAGCGAGCGCUGAGCGGGAGCGCGCCUGGUCCGCGGCCACGACGAAGCUGAACUCCCGAACUCCCGAAGGAGCCCGAAGGAGCAGGACCGAAAAUAAAGACAACAUUUUCCCGGAAGUUUACCGACACCUGCGGCCGCGGAGCUCGGACAUGGAGACGCUUCAGCUUUCAACACCUCAGUAACAGCAGGAGAGGAGCAGCCCGACUGACAGAACGGGGGAAACCCAGCCUCAGGUCUGUGUUUUGAGCACGGAAAAUGACGUCCCCAUGGUGUGCGCUUGGAAACAAAAUCAGCUCUCUGGGUCUGCCGGAUCUCUCCAAGCACACACACAUGCAGCGCUCCAGCAUAACGUGUGUGGUGCUUUUCCCAGACGUCACAAUGCACUCCUUCAGUGUCGGCAAAAAUGAUGCUGGGCAUCUGCUGUUUGACCAGGCUUGUGAGCAUUUGGGUAUAGUAGAAAAGCACUACUUUAGUCUGCAGAUCAGUGAGGAUUCUUCUAGUUCACCAAGGUGGCUGGACCCCAACAAACCUUUCAAAAAGCAGCUUAAAGGUACCGAUCCAUUCUAUUUAAUAUUCAGAGUCCGCUUCUUCAUCUCUGACCCAAACUCUCUUCAGCAUGAGCAGACCAGGCACUUUUAUUUUUUGCAAAUUAAGAAAGACAUCCGCGAAGGCAGGUUAAAGUGUCCUUUAAGCUCAGGUGUGGUCCUGGCCUCGUAUGCUGUUCAGUCUGAGUUUGGAGACUACGUUCCCGAGACCCCUGCUGGAUAUGUGGACAAGAUCCAUUUUAUUCCUGAUCAGGACAAAGACUUCCUUUUCAAAGUGGAGUCACUGCAUCCUCAACACAAAGGUCUCUCUCAGAGUGAGGCAGAGCUGUGUUAUCUGAACACAGCGAGAACGUUAGACCUGUAUGGAGUGGAGCUCCACAGUGCACGGGAUGCUAAUAACCCUUCUCUGUGGGUUGGAAUUGCGUCUGGAGGUGUGGCCAUGUUUUGCAAUUUGGUUUGCUCCAGUUUCUUCCCCUGGAUCAAUGUCAUUAAGAUUUCUUUCAAAAGGAAAAGAUUCUUUAUACACCUUCGGCGGAAACAUGGGGAAGUUGGACAGCAAGUGGUAUCUGUCUCCAUGCCCAACUCUCGCGCUUGUAAGAACCUUUGGAGAUCCUGUGUGGAUCAUCACACCUUUUACAACAGAAAAAGUGCUCAAGCGGUCUCAAAAACUAGGUCUGUCCCCCUGUAUCGGAAAAUAAUCGGUGAUGUGAUGUGGAACCCUGUAAUUAAAGCCGUCUCCACUGAACAUCUGGAAACCAAGAGCCUCCCCUCAAGAUCCCCACCCAGCACCCCUAACUGGCGGAGUCCUCGUAUGAGACAUGAUUUUCGUUCACCGCAACCAUCCUCGGUGGACAAUCUAACCAACGAGAUGAGUUAUGUGACGGAGAGUGAAGAUGUGUUCUAUACUUACAGGAAAGCUCAGGAAGAUGAGAAGAACAGCAGUGUUUCGUGCCAGCCUGAUGAGCUUGCCACAGGGGAUGAAGAAGACUGGCAGUGUCUCUGGGAAAAGAAUAAAGAAGCAGAUGGAGAGCUGCUGUUGGUGAGAAUCAGUCCAGACCAAGAUGGCAAGUUUGGAUUCAAUGUUAAAGGAGGUGUGGAUCAGAAGAUGCCUUUGGCCAUUUCUCACGUAAACCCCAACUCUCCGGCUGGUCGGUGUGUGCCUGCACUGUUGGAAGGAGAUCAAGUGUUGCUGAUCAAUGGGCGAGACAUUUCAGAACACACUCAUCAGCAGGUGGUUAUGUUCAUCAAAGCCAGCAGAGAAUCCCACAGCAAGGAGCUGGCUCUGCUCGUACGGAGGAAAGGCAUAUCUUUGCGAGCUGAACCCACUCUGCAGAUUGGAGGCGGCCUCAACCUUCAGGAAGAAAUGCCCCCGCCCCCCAGCCACCCCUCUGGAGAGAGUUUGGAAGAGUCUAUGGCUCGCCUGGAGAAGGGACUGAGUUCUGGCACUCUGCUCAUGCAGUUUGAGAAGUUGUACAGGAAGAAACCUGGAUUGGCUAUGUCUUGCGCAAAGCAGUCUGAGAACCUGGACAAGAAUCGAUAUAAAGACGUAUUACCGUAUGACAUCACCAGGGUGGUGUUGCAGGCUGAGGAGGAUAAUUACAUCAAUGCCAGUCAUGUGAAGACUGAGCCAGCGGGUGGUGUGUUACAUUACGUGGCGGCUCAGGGACCGUUGCCUCACACCUGUACCCACUUCUGGAGGAGUGUGUGGGAGCAAGGAGCGACUGUAAUAAUCAUGUUGACCACCUUGACUGAGAGAGGACGGACCAAAUGCCACCAGUACUGGCCUCAUCCCCCUGAAGUGAAGGACUAUGGGUAUCUUCAAGUGUGCUGCCAUUCAGAAGAGUGUAACCUGGCUUAUGUCACCAGAGAACUAACACUCACACACACUCAGCUGGGCCAGCAGCGCUCCAUCACACAUCUACAGUACGUCGCCUGGCCUGAUCACGGUGUGCCAGAGGAUUCUUCCGACUUUCUGGACUUUGUCCAGGCAAUGAGAAGCAAGCGAAUGGACACUGAGCCACUUGUGGUCCACUGCAGUGCUGGGAUUGGGCGAACUGGUGUGCUUAUCACAAUGGAGACAGCCCUGAUCCUGAUGGAGAACACAAAGCCUGUGUAUCCCCUUGAGAUCUUAACAUCCCUGAGGGAGCAGAGAGCCAUGAUGGUCCAAACAUCGUGCCAAUUCAGCUUUGUGUGUGAGGCCAUCCUGCGUGUGUACCGAGAGAGAUUCAAACCAAGCCAGACACCCAGCAGCUGACAACAGGAGGAGCGGCAGGAUGGAUAGGAAUACAGAAAUGGAGAGAGACAAACAAAAGUGGUGGUAGGGAUGAUGGAUAGACUGAGGGAGAAAAAGAGAGAAAGAAUGAGAGAUGUAGACACUUGCCUCUGCACUGAUUUAAAAGAAGUAGACGGAAGGGUACAGGUAGAAAAAAAGGAAACAUAGAACUGAGUAUAUUACUUAAAGACAGAGUGGAGAACGGUUCCUAGAAUGGAAAUACGCUCUCUCCUUCUUUUAACCAUAGUGCCCUAGCUUUGAAUUCCAGGUCCCAGUAUCACCUGGAUCUGUCGCGUAACAGAGCUAGCAUCAUUUCUCACUUUUUUCGGAGAGGAAGGAUUGUUCAAAUAUAUGUCAGGUCGCUUUCCUAGGGUGCCUCAACACAAAUGACAAGCAAUUACUCCUAAACCUAUCACAGAACAUAGCAACUUUCCCCUCACUGUGUCAAACACCUGAACUAACUUGAGCUUCUAGUCAGAGAAGAAUAUGCGGCGGUACUAAACCGAGGGCUCAGUCACAGUCAAGCACAUUUGGAUUCAGCCACAAAACCCUGCUGCUCAGAAUCACUUAUAAGACACAAAAUCCCACGACUGCAGCUGAUCCAGAUGGCUUUGAGGACGUCACAAUCAUGGGAAUCAAGACUGGCUACACCUUAAGUUCUGCAUGGACCAAUUGAGGGGACGUUAAGCACUUUGUCACUUUUAAAAAAAUACAGCUUACACACACAGACAGACAGACAGUAGACCUAUGCAACACUGGGAUACUACAGACCACAAAAAUCGACCAUCACCUGUGCUAAUAAAGUAAUGGAAUUGUU